GAGCUUUAAAUCUCCAUUUCCAUGGCGGAAAGAAAUCACAGCCGCCAAAUGGAUCCAAAGACCGGAUUCUGUUACGAAACCGGAACUUACAGUAGCCUGAGACCGCGAAUCCCUCUCCCGUCACCUGACCAACCUCUCUCCGUCGCGGAAUUCUGUCUCUCCAUCUUCUCUUCCACUUCCACCGACGGUGCCACCGCUUUCGCCGUCAAUGCAAACACCGGUCGAACGCUGACUUACUCUCAGUUCGUUUCUCAGGUCCGUUCCCUCGCCCACUGUCUCAAGAAGCGAUACUCUAUUUCCCAAAACGACGUUGCUUUUGUUCUUUGCCCUUCUUCGCUUCAUGUCCCUGUGAUUUACUUUGCUCUCUUGUCGUUGGGAAUCAUAGUCUCUCCUGCUAACCCGCUCAGUUCCAAAUCGGAAAUCGCUCACCAGAUUCGACUCAGUAGACCGGUUAUUGCUUUUGCUACUUCACAAUCCUCUCAUAAGAUUCCAUCUCUCAAACAUGGAACUAUCCUCCUCGAUUCGCCCGAGUUUCUAUCUUUCUUAACUCGGUCCGAUAUCGACGAUGAAAUCACUGAACGAGUCAAGAUAAAGCAGUCCGACAUGGCUGCGGUAUUGUAUUCUUCCGGAACCACUGGCCGGGUCAAGGGCGUGAUUAUGACUCACCGUAACCUAAUCGCUAUGAUGGCGAUGAUUCAUCACUACAACACAAUCGAAGCUGCAGGUAGCAAUAACCGACCGCGGCCGGUGACAUUCUUCACCGUGCCUUUGUUCCACGUGUUCGGGUUCUUUUCGCUGUUAGGAACGGUUCUGUCGGCGGAAACGGUGGUUUUGACCGAGAGGUUUGAAUUCACGGUGAUGCUGAGAGCCAUUGAGAAGUACAAAGUUACCGUCAUGCCGGUGUCGCCGCCGCUUGUACUGUCGUUUGUUAAAUCGGAUUUGACCAAAAAAUACGACUUGAGCUCACUUCAGGCGGUUGGCUGCGGUGGCGCGCCUCUCGGCCAUGAGAUAGCUCAGCUGUUCAACAAGAAGUUCCCCAACGUAUUAUUGUUGCAGGGGUAUGGGCUGACCGAGACCGGAGGAGGAGGAGCUACUACGGAAGGGCACGAGGAAGUGGCUCAGCGUGGGACUGUGGGCCGCCUUGCUGAAAAUAUAGAAGCAAAGAUUGUGGAUUCUGUGACCGGAGAGUCGCUACCACCCGGACAGAGAGGGGAACUAUGGUUGCGAGGUCCAGUAGUAACGAAGGGUUAUAUAGGUGAUGAGAAGGCAACUGCUGAAACCUUGGACUCGGAAGGCUGGUUAAAAACUGGUGAUAUUUGUUAUUUUGACUCUGAGGGGUUCCUUUACGUUGUAGAUAGACUGAAGGAAUUGAUCAAAUACAAGGCUUAUCAGGUGCCUCCAGCAGAACUGGAACAAUUACUUCAUUCCCAUCCUGAGAUUUCUGAUGCAGCAGUGAUUCCAUACCCCGAUGAAGCAGCAGGACAGAUUCCGAUGGCUUAUGUUGUGAGAAACCCCCCAGGAAGCAGCCUCACUGAAGCUCAAGUCAUGGAUUUUAUUGCACAACAGGUUGCACCGUACAAGAAGAUCCGACGUGUAGCAUUUAUCGAUUCGAUUCCAAAAUCAGCAGCAGGAAAGAUCUUGAGGAGGGAGCUGGUUAACCAUUCAACCUCGGGUGGUUUGUCUAGACUAUAAACCAUACCUCAAAUGAUAAACAUGAAAACUUUUCGGGUAUGUCUACGUCGUCUUUUUCGUGUAAGUCCAGAUUAAAAACAUGUUUUAUUAUUCCAACCAA